AUGGAGGAGCUCCAGAGGAAACUGGACAAGAGGUAUGACAGCGACCAGCUGUAUGACAGCAAACCCAGGAAGGUGAGGUUCAAGCUGGCCUCGUCAGUCAGCGGCAGGGUGCUAAAGCAUGUGUACGAGGAUGGCCAGGAGCUGGACAGCCCAGAGGAAAAAUACCCCCACAGCUUCCACAGCCACAAGAUGCCCAGACACCUGGAGAUGGAGCAGCUGUGUGGCUUCCAGGACCAGGGUCUGUACCCCCCUACCGGACUGAUGGCCCAGAGGAUCAACGUCUACAGAGGGGGGGCUAACUACAGACCCUCUGCCCACAGCGAUACACCGGAGGGAGACCCCAAUGUAAGUAGUUGAAAAACCAUGCCAUGAAACUGUUCAUUUGUAGCACAAUACACAACCUAAAGAUUCCCCUUCACCACACCCCUAUUUACUGUUAUUACCAUCUGUAAUGCAUGGUUAAUAGUCUUAGAUUACAUUUUAGUCAUUUAGCAGACGCUCUUAUCCAGAGCGACUUACAGUUAGUGAAUGCAUACAUGUUUUUUUUAUUUUUUAUACUGGUCCCCCGUGGGAAACAAACCCACAUCCCUGCCGGCCAAACCCUACCCUACCUUGGAUGACGCUGGACCAAUUGUGCGCCACCCAUGGGUCUCCCGGUCGCGACAGCGCCUGGACUCGAACCAGGACCUCUAGUGGCACAGCUAGCACUGCGAUGCAGUGCCUUAGACCACUGCGCCAUUCGGGUCAUGAUUAGUAAUUCAUUCUAUCCUGGUGGGUGGCUGCUUGUCAAUUAGAGUCUAAGGGCCGAUUCAGACUUAGGAAAUGUACGGCUUUCCUAUUCACUUCUCAGUAUUUGGUAUUCAGACUUAGCUUAUUCAGUUGUGUAACGCGCUCUGCAGGUGUGGCUACCUUGCGAGCUCUGAAUAAAAUUCAUUACAUCUCUGAAAACCCUCCCACUUGCUGGCCAUUCAAUAGGGUUUUCAGUACACUUAUUUAUCUAAAGCCAUCCAUUUAAAUACGGAGUACCUUUUAGUUCGAAUUUUGUCGACAGACUAGAAUAUAUUGAGAGAAAGGUUUCAGAAUAUUAGGGAACAUUUGAAGAAAAUACAUCUAAAUAUAUGCAUACUCAUCUCCAUUUCAGCACCAAUUGGUCAAUAAAAAAAUACUCUGAUCUUGUAGAUUAUAUAGGUUUAGGAAAGUUUAAGAAAGUAUUAGGGCCCCGUGUAGCUCAGUUGGUAGAGCAUGGUACUUGCAAUGCCAGGGUUGUGGGUUCGAUUCCCACUGGGGGCCAGUAUGAAGAAAAAAAUGGUAUGCACUCACUAACUGUAAGUUGCUCUGGAUAAGAGCGUCUGCUAAAUGACUAAAAUGUAAAUGUAUUUAUGAAUUACAAACACAGGUUUGGAGAGCCUUUACCCACUACAGAAAGAAAACGUUGGUUUGGUUCAUUCAGAAAAUUGCGGCAUUCAGUUCUUCAAACCAUGGUAAUGUUGGAAGAUUAGUGUACAUAUAAUUAUAAUAGGGAGAACAGUGUACAGUAGUAGGAUAUACCCUCGUCUAUUGCCUGCACUAACCAUGGAACUGUGUGAUGACACGGCCAAGUAUUGCGCCAUGCGUCGGGUUCAAACUGUUACGGCUUGGUCUGCGCUCCGCUCCAUAACGAUUUAAUUACCCUACAUGUCUUUUUUUAAAUAUAUUAUCAACUGUUACUAAUGAUCCUCAGCAACAACCACACGGCCGUGACGUCGUUUACAGUGGAAGCAAAUGAAGGUAAACGAAACAAUGGCUAUACCAACUGAAGGGAACUAACAGUACAUUGGCAGCUUAAGAUGUUGUUAUUAGGCCUACUGAUGGCUAAUAUUUAAAAUGAUAGAAAUAGGAAAGUUGGGGUAGCCUAUAAUUAAGAGAUUCAAGAGUUCCCAUCACUGCAAGUUAAAAGGCCGUACAAUUAAAAUUCUGCAUAAUGGCACAGCGUUUCAAUAUAUCAUGAGCUGUUGGGCUAUAGCCUAUAAAACUGUGUUAAAACGAAGGACAAAACAAUGUUUUUGUUUUAUGCUGUUAUUUACCAACCUCAAUGUGUGUACAAUAUUGUAGCAAUACAGCAAUAAAAUAUCAGCUGAUCAGAUAACAGUAACAUCUUCAAUGUUUCAUUUACUGGAGCCAGUCAGGAUAAAUGUUUUUACUGUAGUCUGUCCUGUGGAGUUCAGACUAGACAAAAUACGAAAAGCAUAAGAUGUUUACUUUUAUCACUAUGUCAUAUUUCUCCAAAUUACUUUUAAUGAAAAUACUAAAUCAUAAGGCAAGUAUCACACAGUCCCAUUAACAGUUUAUGAUAGUACACUUAUAAAGGCCCUCGGAGUGUUGUCAAGUUGUCUGCUGAACAGCAAAUUAAUAGACUUAAAAAGAGACAGCAAAACAUUGUAAACACGCAAUUAGUACUUUAUCACACAGGUAUUAACCACUAAAACAUAAUCUUUUAUUCAAGUCUGUCUAUCAAAUUAAAACGAUUCAAAUUGUAUUAGUCGCAUGCUUGGUAAACAACAGGUGUGGACUAACAGUGAAAUGCUGACUUACAAUGGAGAGAGAAAUAAUAGAAAAAUUAAACACGUAAUAAUAGAUACACAAUGAGUAACGAUAAGUUGGCUAUAUACACGGGGUACCAGUACCAAGUGGACACCGUACGUACAUACCCCAACCAGAAGCCAUGGAUUACAACACCUCCUUUGGCCGCCAUUCCUUCCAGUUCUCUGCUGCCAAUGACUGGAACGAAUUGCAAAAAUCUCUGAAGCUGGAGACUCUUAUCUCCCUCAAUAACUUUAAGCAUCAGUUGUCAGAGCACCUUACCGAUCACUGCACCUGUACACAGCCCAUCUGAAAUUAGCCCACCCAACUACCUCAUCCCUAUAUUGUUAUUUAUUUUGCUCUUUUGCACCCCAGUAUCUCUAUUUGCACAUAAUCUCUUGCACAUCUAGCAUUCCAGUGUUAAUACUAUUGUAAUUAUUCUGCACUAUAGCCUAUUUAUUGCCUUACCUCCAUAACUUGCUACAUUUGCACACACUGUAUAUAUAUUUUCUGUUGUAUUUCUGACUUUAUGUUUUUUACCUCAUAUGUAACUCUGUGUUGUUUUUAUUGCACUACUUUGCUUUAUCUUGGCCAGGUCGCAGUUGUAAAUGAGAACCUGUUCUCAACUGGCUUACCUGGUUAAAUAAAGGUGAAAUAAAAUAAAUAAAAUAAAAAAACAGGCAACAUCUGCACUGAGCUAAAGGGUAGAGCUGCCGCUUUCAAGGAGCGGGACUCUACCCCGGACGCUUAUAAGAAAUCCCGCUAUGCCCUCCGACGAACCAUCAAACAGGCAAAGCGUCAAUACAGGACUAAGAUCGAAUCGUGCUACACUGGCUCCGACGCUCGUCACAUGUGGCAGGGCUUGCAAACUAUUAAAGACUACAAAGGGAAGCACAGCCGCGAGCUGCCCAGUGACACGAACCUACCAGACGAGCUAAAUGUAUUUUAUGCUCGCUUCAAGGCAAGCAACACUGAAGCAUGCAUGAGAGCCUCAGCUGUUCCGGACGACUGUGUGAUCACGCUCUCCGUAGCCGAUGUGAGUAAGACCUUUAAACAGGUCAACAUUCACAAGGCCGCAGGGCCAGACGGAUUACCAGGACGUGUACUCCGAGCAUGCGCUGACCAACUGGCAAGUGUCUUCACUGACAUUUUCAACCUGUCCCUGACUGAGUCUGUAAUCCCAACAUGUUUUAGACCACCACAGUCCCUGUGCCCAAGAACACUAAGGUAACCUGCUGAAAUUACUAACGUAGCACUCACGUCUGUAGCCAUGAAGUGCUUUGAAAUGCUGGUCAUGGCUCACAUCAACACCAUUAUCCCAGAAACCCUAGGCCCACUCCAAUUUGCAUGAUUGUGGACUACAGGAAAAAGAGGACAGAGCAUGUCCCCAUUCUCAUCGACAGGGCUGUAGUGGAGCAGGUUGAGGGCUUCAAGUUCCUUGGUGUCCACAUCACCAACAAACUAUCAUGGUCCAAACACACCAAGACAGUCGUGAAGAGGGCACGUCAAAGUCUAUUCCCCCUCAGGAGACUGAAAAGAUUUGGCAUGGGUCCUCAGAUCCUCAAAAAGUUAUACAGCUGCACCAUCGAGAGCAUCCUGACUGGUUGCAUCAUUGCCUGGUAUGGCAACUGCUCGACCGCAAGGCACUACAGAGGAUAGUGCGUAUGGCCCAGUACAUCACUGAGCCAAGCUUCCUGCCAUCCAGGACCUCUAUACCAGGCGGUGUCAUGGGAAGGCCCUAAAAAUUGUCAAAGACUCCAGCCACCCUAGUCAUAGACUGUUCUCUCUGCUACCGCACGGCAAGCAGUACCGGAGUGCCAAGUUUAGGUUUCUUAACAGCUUCUACCCCCAAGCCAUAAGACUCCUGAACAGCUAACAAAAUGGCUACCAGGACUAUUUGCAUUGCCCCCCCCCCCCCCCCCCCCCCCCUCUUUUGCGCUGCUGCUACUCUCUGUUUAUUAUCUAUGCAUAUUCACUUUAACUCUACCUACAUGUACAUAUUACCUCAAUUGCCUCGACUAACCUGUGCCCCCGCACAUUGACUCUGUACCGGUACCCCCUGUAUAUAGCCUCGCUAUUGUUAUUUUUACUGCUGCUCUUUAAUUAUUUGUUACUUUUAAUUUUGAGUUAUCUGUUUUACUUAACACUUAUUUUUCUUAAAACUGCAUUGUUGGUUAAGAGCUUGUAAGUAAGCAUUUCACUGUAAGGUCUACAAAUGUUGUAUUCGGCGCAUGUGACAAAUAACAUUUGAUUUGAUUUUAAAGGAACUUGAAGUGCUCGACCCGCUCCACUACAGCCCUGUCGAUUUGAACAGGGGCAAGCUCGGCUCUCAAUUUACUGUAGUCCACAAUCAUCUCCUUUUUCUUGCUGACGUUGAGGGAGAGAUUGUUGUCCUGGCACUACACAGCCAGGUCUCUGGGUUGUCUCAUUGUCGUCAGUGAUCAGUCCUACCAUCGUCGUGUUGUCGACAAACUUAAUUAUGGUGUUGGAGUCAUGCGAGGCCACACAAUCGUGGGUGAACAGGGAGUACAUGAGGGGACUAGGCACGCACCCCUAAGGGGCCCCCGUGUUGAGGGUCUGCGUGGCAGAUCUGUUGUUGUCUACCCUCACAAUCUGGGGGCGUCCCGUCAGGAAGUCCAGGAUCCAGUUGCAGAGGGAGGUGUUCAGUCCCAGGGUCCUUACCUUAGUGAUGAACUUGGAGGGCACUAUUGUGUUGAAAGCUGAGUUGUAGUCAAUGACCAGUAUUCUCACGUAGCUGUUUAUUUUGUCCAAGUGGGAAAUGGCAGUGUGGAGUGCAAUAGCGAUUGUGUCAUCUGUGGGUAUGUCGGGGAGGUAUGCGAAUUGGAGCGGGUCCAGGGUGUCUGGGAUGAUGGUGUUGACGUGAGCCAUGACCAGCCUUUCAAAGCAUUUCAUGGCUACAGAUGUGAGUGCUACGGGGCGAUAGUCAUUUAGACAGGUUACCUUGGCGUUCUUGGGCACAGGGACUAUGGUGGUCUGCUUGAAACAUGUAGGGAUUACAGACUGGUUGAAACUGUCAAUGAACACUCUUGCCAGCUGGUCAGCGCAUGCUCUGAGUACGCGUCCUGGUAAUCCAUCUGGCCGUACGGCCUUGUGAAUGUUAACCUGUUUAAAGGUCUUGCUCACAUCAGCUACGGAGGGCGUGAUCACACAGUCUUACGCAUGGUUCGGUGUUGCUUGCCUCGACGCGAGCAUAGAAGGCAUUUAGCUCGUCUGGUAUGCUCGUGUCACUGGGCAGCUUGUUUCAAGCCCUGCUACAUUCGAUGAGCAUCAGAGCCGGUGUAGUAUGAUUCGAUCUUAGUCCUGUAUUGACGCUUUGCUUGUUUGAUGGUUCGUCGGAGGGAGUAGUGGGAUUUCUUAUAAGCGUUCGGGUUAGUGUCCCGCUCCUUGAAAGCGGCAGCUCUAGCCGUUAGCUCAGUGCGGAUGUUGCCUGUAAUCCAUGGCUUCUGGUUGGGAUAUGUACUUACGGCCACUGUUGGGACGUCGUUGUAGAUUAACUUAUUAAUGAAGCCAAUGACUGAUGCGGUAAACUCCUCAAUGCCAUCGGAGGAGUCUCGGGAACAUUUUCCAGUCUGUGCUAGUGAAACAGUCCUGUUGCUUAGCAUUCGCUUCAUAGGACCACUUCCGUAUUGGGCGUGUCACUGGUACUUCCUGUUGGAGUUUUUGCUUGUAAGCAGGAAUCAGGACGAAAUAGUUAUUGUCAGAUUUGCCAAAUGGAGGGCGAGGGAGAGCUUUGUAUGCGUUUCUAUGUGUGGAGUAAAAGUGAUCUAGAGUUUUGUUACCUCUAGUUGCACAGGUGACAUGCUGGUAGAAAAUUAGGUAAGACGGAUUUCAGUUUUCCUGCAUUAAAAUCACCGGCCAAUAGGAGCAUUUUGUUGUUUGCUUAUGGCCCUAUACAGCUCGUUGUGUGCCGUCUUGGUGCCAACAUUGGAUUGUGGUGGUAAAUAGACAGCUACGAAAACUAUAGAUGAAAACUCUCUUGGUAAAUAGUAUGGUCUACAGCUUAUCACGAGGUAUUCUAACUCUGGCGAGCAGAACCUCGAGACUCCCUUAAUAUUAGAGAUUGUGCACCAACUGUUAACAAAGAGACACACAUCAACUACUUUGUACUGAGUAAUGCAUAUCAAAGACCAUGACCAUGCUUUUUGUUUGUCCUCCAGUCUUCAGUGUUGGACUUUGGAAAGAUAAUCAUCUACACCAGCAAUCUGCGGAUCAUCCGGGCCCCUCGGAGGGAAGAAGGGAAAGGGAGACAUCCUCAGACCCCGGGGGGACUGGACAGAGGGGGCAAGAGGAGGCCCAAAGCCCUCUGUGCUCACGGGGAGGAGCAGAGCACCCAUCCACAGGACGGGGAGGAGCAAAGCACACAUCUACAGGACGGGGUAAAAGUGCUUGACCAGAACACCUUGUGUUUUUGUGUUAAUGUGCUUCAGCAAUGCUAUUCCCUUCUCUGUCUCUCUCUAACCACAUGGUCUCCCCUCUCUGCCUGCCGACUGUGCACAGACAGUGAUGACUACUCAGUUUCUCUGCUGCCAUUUAUGAGCCGAGAUACUCUCAGUAAUUCCCCAUGGUCACUUCUUCUACUGAUUGCCAGUUGCACUCUCUCCCUCUCUCUCCCCCCUCUCGCUCUCUCUCUCUCCCCCUCCCUCUCGCUCUCCCUCUCUCUCUCUCGCUGUCUUUCCAUUCCUAACUCAUCUCUCUUUCUCUCACUGGGUUUCUCAUUUUCUGUGCCUCCCCAUAUUUUCUAAUUUGUCUCUUUUUCGCUCUCUUUUUGUUGCCUUUGUAACAUUCUCUGUUUGGACCCAGGUCAUCUUGACCAUUUGUUGGAUUCACUAGUAAUGAUAUGUCAUAUGAGUUGACAUGGGUGGCAGUGUCUCUCUGUGUUGUUAGUGACACUGUGUGUGUGUGUGCCUCCAGCAGGAUGCAGUGUCCGGCUGCCAGCAUUGUGGCGGUUCGGGCUGUGCCCCCUGCUCUCUAUGCCAUGGCAGCAAGCUGUCCAUGCUGGCCAACCGCUUCAAUGAGUCUAUCAGUGUGCUGCGAUGCCAGGCCUGCUACCCUGAUGGACUGGAGAGGUGCCAGUCCUGUACCAAAUAA